AUGAAUUCGGCGGUACGCGUGUUGUAUGUGGUACAGCGUUAUUGACGGUGACGGUUUGCCCGUAUAGUACCUAGUUCUUUGUACGCAGGCGGUGAGCACUGUUGCAGAAGGGGCUUCGGCGUUGGACGAAAGGAAAGGUUGCCACGGCAACAGGGAGAAAUGUGAUGAGAGCUGUCAAAGAGCUUCAGUUUGGUGGACCUGAAGUACUAAAGCUGCAGACUGAUGCUGCAUUGCCAGUUCCAAGGACGAAUCAAGUAAAAAUGAAUGCCUUAACCUGCAAUAGAACUAUGCUAAAAAAAAUGUGAAUAAAUAGAGCUCCAACUGGGGAAUCCUAAGAAUGCUGCGCUGAAAUGAUCAAGUAUCAGAGAUCCCUUGCAAAUUACAACAGCCUAACAGACAAGCACCUUGCAGGCUAUUUCAGCAACACUAGGAUAAGACGUCACCUUCUAAGAUCUGGACUGAUCUCAAGAAGUGGAAGAAUAAUACCAGAGAAGGAAUACCAGCUGAAUACCAUGAAGAAGGAUCACCAGAAGUACAUACGGGAAUGUUUAGCUCAGGCCAUAUUCCACAAGGUCCUUGACAUGGAACGUCAUCACCAAGUUGAAAUAAAAAGAAAACUGGAAAAUUCUGCCAGGAGAGAGCGUGUUCAGAGAAUCAAGGUGGAGCGGUCAAGAAAGGCAACAGAAGAGACAUAUCACCAGCUUUCCCCACAUCCAUCCACUGCCCCAAGGAAUCGCUUUGGGCGUCGCAAAUUAGGCAACAGAGGACAGUCAGUUCAUUCAGCCACCUGUCCUCGACCGAACACUGCACCAGGCAACAUACAGCAUCCAGUCCGACUGCAGCCACUUUUUGGCAACAUCACCACAGAAUCUGCAUCGAAGGCUACUUUGAGUUCCAGAACAAAGUUCCUCACCUUUGAAAAAGAACAUCAAUUUCCCUGCGCGGGAGACAGAGGGGCACCAAAGCCCAUGCUUUCAAUAGAUUAUUCAUCUGGAGUAUCCCCAUAUCGAUUUCCCAUCAUUAACAAUUAUGUGAUACCAAUUCCACCACCACCGAAAAGUGAGAAGAACAUCAGUACAGGGAAAGGUGUAACAUCAAGAGGUCGACGGCUCCGCCCUACAACUGCACCAAAUGGCUUGGAGCAAUUGUUAAUAAGGGACUCGGGGAGAUUCUACAGGCCUCAAGUACAAAGCAAUGCAUGCGUUACCAUGAUCUACUUGGGAAAAACUGUGCACCUAUCCUAUGACCUUUUAGAUUACCGAGAGGAAGUAAAAGUAUAUCAGCAACACUGUGGAGGAGAAAAUCUUUGUGUGUUCAGAGGCAAACUGCUGGAGGGAGAAACUUUUCAGUUUGUCUCCAGAAGGCAUUACGGCUUUCCCUUCAGCCUCACAUUUUACCUCAAUGGAAUACAGGUGGACCGGUUAAGCUCUUGCUGUGAAUAUAAGCAUCGGAGGGGUACUCGGUUGGGAGGCAAACAUGGACACUUUGGUUUCGUCAAUGUGGAAAGAUCAGCUCCUUGCUAUAGGUGUAUCAUUGCAAUGGGUCUGGAUAAAAAGCCUUCUCCUCCCAAGAAAAAAGUGGCUGACGAAGAUGAAGCAAAGAAAGAAGACUCUGAGAAAGACAAAGGGAAAGAGGGGCUAGGUGAAUGCAGCAGCAGCAGCAGCAGCAGCAAGAAGGAUAACAAAGAUUCACAGUCACGGUUUUCAUCAGCUGCUGAAGAAGAGAAAGAACAUGUGGAAGGUACUGAGGAAAUGGAAUGGGAGACAAGAAGAGGAGACACACACGAAACCAGUAAUGGAAGUGACAAGGACCAGAGAAGUGGAGCAUACGAUGAAGAUUUUGAAGCAGAUGAAGAGAAAUCAGAUGAGAAAGUUAAUGAAGAGGGACAAGCUGAUGAUCAAAUGAAUGGAAUGUCAAAGUCACCCUCAGAUGAUGAAAAAGAUAAUUUAGACCAUGAAAGGAAGAAUAAAAACUCAUCACAGAAAGCGUUGCGGGCCUCUGACAGUGAACAAGAUGAAAGCGAUGGAUACGUGGAGAGUGACUCAGAAGGGGAGGAUAAACAAGACAAGAAUCUUGCACCUUCCCUCUCCUCCAGCAGCACACCUUACCUCAGUGAAAAUGUCUCUGACUCUGAAACAAGAAGGCAAGAUGGCGAGCAAGACAACACGGAUAUACAUUCAGAAUAUGAAAGUGAAACAAAAUUCCAAAGAGGGGACAGUCAAGAAACAGAAAUGGAGGAAGAGGGGGAUAACAACAGAACAGAAUAUACAACAGCCAAACGCACACCAGAUGUUUCAUAUGGAAGAAAGAUGGAGGCGAAUCUUCAGGACAUGAGUUCCCUCAGUGAGAAGCUCAGUCUUGUAGGGUCAUUAGAUGUGGAUGUGAGGGAGGAAGAGAUCGAGGAGGAUGUGCUUGUGCAUUUUAGAGGCAGCAUUCCAGCAGCAGAAUCUAGAAGCAAGAUGACUUCUGAAGAUGAGGAAGAAGGUGAAAGCAAAUCAGCCAAAGAGAAAAUAGCUGAGGCAAUUGAACAUGAUCAUCUUUUGAGUUCUGAACCUGAACCUAGUGAUUCCAGUACAGAAGAUGAGGAGGAAGAUGCAGUUGGUACUGGAGAUAAACAAGAAGUGACAGAUGGAGCUUCUUUGGCAAAAAAAUCAAGAGGGCCCAAAUCACAGACGGUCGUAGAGCAAGUGGAACAAGAGAGACAGAUGGUGGGCAAAGAAAGAGCACUUGAGGAAGUGGAGAUUUUAGAGCAGGGAGGCCCCAAAGAUACAGCACUGGAAGACGAAUCCCUAGCCAAAAAUGUGGUAGCUCUUGCUGCCCAAAAUGCUGGAAAAGAUCAGCUUGUGAGAGAAGAGACUGAACUGGAGAAAGAAGCAGAAGUAGAAUCGGAUGAGGACUAUGUAGAAGAAGAAGAAGAAAUGCACGAGAAGUUGAAGUCUUCUGAAGGGGAGUUAAAAGCAGAGGGGAAAGUGAAAGAGCCAAAAGAAACGUUAUCAGAACAUGAAACUUCUGAUGGAGAGGAACUAUCAGGGGGAUAUCUGUUAGAAGAGGAGGAAGUAGAGGACCAGAGUGUCAGUGGAGAUCUAGUAGCUGUUGAGGAAGCCUCUGACAGACAAGAAGGUGAACAAGAGGUACCUGAAGCAUCUGAAAUGUUGGGGACUGUGGAAUCAGUGGGAAAGAAAGUUAUAGAAAAUGAAGUACAGGAGACAAAGGAGACUAUACAAGAGGCAUUUCAGGGAGAUGAGGCUUUGGAGACAGCGUCUGUGGAGGACAAAGAGAAAAAUAUGGAAGAAACUAAGCCUGAAAGAAAUGGAACUUGGCCAGACCACAAGCCUGGCACAGAGGGUGUAGUAAAAGUGGAGCUCACAGACGGUGAAGGUGUGAGUGCCACCUUUUUGAAAGAAGAGGAACACAUGAAGGAAAGGGAAGAUACAGAAAUCAAUCUGGGGGAAGCGUCCACCAUUGAAACAGAGUUUAUAGCACCAGACUCAAAGGUGAAAGAGAGAAUCCCCAUAGAUGAAAAGGAUGUGGCUUUAGAAAAAAUAGUAGAUGAAGAUGAUUUUAUACGAGAAGCUCCUUUUGACCUGGAGGCAAGUAUCCAGGAAGGUUCAUUCAUGUUGGAGGGAGAUUCAGAAAAAAUACCUCCAAAAAUGAGUAAGAGGAAAACUACAUCUACAGAAGAUGUUUCAGCAGUGGAAGCUGUGGAAGAGGAAACAAAACAGGAAGGGAGAGUAGAGAUGUUGAUGUCUGGAAUGACAGCUCCUAAAAGGAAGCAGAGUAUUGAGAAAGAAUACUUUGCUGAUGUUGUCCCAGAGGCUCUACCAUUUGCAACUGAGGAAUCCAUAAGGCAGGCAGAGGAAAAAAGAAAGGAGAUGGUUAAAGGGGAGGCAGAUGCUGAAGAGGCAGAAAGAAAGGUGAUGGUUAAAGACAAGGUUAAAGCUGAAGAGACCAAAAGAAAAUUGGCAAUUGAAGGGGAUGAGGAAGAUGAAGAGACACAAAGAUUGCUAACAGUUAAAUGGAAAAUGAAAGAUGAAGAUUCAGAAUCUGAGGGAGAAAUUUUGUCUCUGGUCACAGAAUCUGAGGGAGAACCAACUUCUGAGAUGACCAUCAUGAGAUGGCAAAAUAUAGUCAAUUUGGAAGAAGACACUGUAGCAGAGGCAAAAGAUGUACCUGAAUCAUCAGCACAGAAAGUAAGAUUAGCAGGAGGAUUGAACAAAGAGAGUGGAAUGGAGAAUGAACCAGAUGUCCAAGAUAAACCGGGAGAAACAUCUGAAGGGACAGGGCAAACAUCAGUUUACAUGGAAGUUCAGGAUGAUGAGGUGACUGAAGAUGAGGGAUCAGACACAGAAGAACAGAUAACAGGUGAAGGAAUAACCCUGGCAGAUGUAGAGGAAGCUUUGUUAAUAGGAAUACAGCAGUUCAUAACAGAAGUAUCACGGUUGAAUGAAGAAGUGGAAGAUAAGGAAGAAGACUCUCCAGUGGAAGAUUUAGCGGAAGAGGAAAUGUCAAAUCAGAAGGAUCUUGACAGGCAAGAUUUCUUUUCAGCAGGAAUGGCAGAAGAAAGAUGGCAAGCUGAGAGCAAAAAAGUUGACGAAAGAGGAAUAGGGGAACCUGUGGAUAGAAACUCUUUGGAGGGAAACGACGGAAGCGGAAAGAAAAAGACACGACAGGAGGAAUCACCAGAAGAAAAUCAGGCAGUGACAGAAGUCAAUCAGUGGAGCACUGAGCAGUCUGAAGGAGGACAGCCCUGAGAGCUGAUUGACUGAGAAGACAGAGACUUGAGGGGAAGAAUGGUCUGGGGUUGGAUAUUCCUAUUAUGUCAUCAUGGCAGUCCCAAGACAUGGCGGAGAAAAAGAUACACUCGAGCAUCUUCUUCCGUUCUUUCAGUGCUAGCAGUUUCUCAUUUCUACUACUAUUAUUAUGAUGAUUAUUUAGUAACUUUUAAAAAAAUCAGUUAAGAUUGGUGCCAGCUGGAGUAUCUACCCACUCCUUUCUUUGCCUUCUUGACUCGUAUGAACAUCUGGCACUUUGCACCAGAACAGCUUCAGACAAGUGAAAUAAGCCUAUCUAACCCAUUUCAGAAAUAGCACUCCUUUAUAAUUAUGAAAAUAAUAAUCAUGAGGCCUUUCCAACAGCUGCCACAGAUUUCUUUUAAAAACCAGAGAAUUAUUGUGUUAGUGGAACUUUCCCAGAUUCAACCAGUAAACUGCGGUGACAGCGAGAGCCAUAUGAAGACUUUAUGUAGAAUUAAAAAAACACCUGUAAACAGAUACGAGAACUGUAUA